AUGGAUUCACUUUCGGUUGGGUUAAGGGUUGAGCAUGCUAUUCAAGCACAGACUGGUCAGGCGUUAAGGCAUAGCAAAAACGACAGUAUUAGUCAAAGGAAAAUCUUUGUCGCCUCCAAAGGCUCAACACGUGUUUGUGUAUUUUGUGGAUCACCCGAGCAUGCAAUUUAUAGUUGUGAACUUUUCGAAAAUUUAGAUCCGAACUCGCGCCUGGGGGAAGUUAAGAAGCUUGCACUUUGUCUUAACUGCCUCAAGGCUGGCCAUCAAAUGCGGGACUGCAAAUCCGGAUCGUGCCGCACCUGCCAGUCGAAACACCACACGCUCCUGCAUUUUAACCGGUCAACUGCUUCGUUAACCGAUAGUCAAGCCGAUGCUUCAUCGGUGGCCACAAUUCGAUCCAGUGCUAUGACUGCAUCGAUAUCUGCUUCGCUUAAUGCCCCCGUGUCUCCUUCUGAUGCUGUGCUCCUAGCUACUGCCGUCAUUCUUGUAAAAAAUCGUGCUGGAAUCUUCGUGUCCUGUCGCGCCCUUUUGGAUUCUGGUUCCCAGUUGCACUUCGUCACAACUCGCUUCGCAAAUCAACUUCAGCUAUUCAAAACAAAAGCUUCUGCUACAGUCUCUGGAAUUGAAGAUGCCAACUUCCCAACGGAAGGUUACUCACUCGAUCUCGUACUUAAGUCUCGGAUUUCAGAUUUUUCAACAAGCAUCACUGCCCUUGUUGUGAAAACCAUCACCGACAAUCAACCUGGCUGCUCCGUGAGCACCAACGAGUGGAAUGUUCCGUCGAACAUACCACUAGCCGAUCCUGGGUUCAACUUACCACAGCGUAUUGAUCUGCUCAUCGGAGCAGGACUGUUCUUCGAUCUACUUUGUGUGGGUCAGAUACGCUUAGGAUCUGGUUUACCACUACUUCAGAAAACUCGUCUCGGAUGGGUGCUAUCUGGAGGUGGGCAACAAACUCCAAACCUGUCAUCAUUCGUCGUGAGGCAGAAAUCCUCCAGUGGUCUCAUUCCCAGCACUCGGCUGGACUAUUUAGUACGUCGGUUUUGGGAGAUCGAGCACAUUUUCGAACCGAUCUCUAAGGCCUCCCGAGAAGAUCUUGACUGCGAAGCCCACUUCCAGGGAAAUUAUUUUCGAUUGCCAUCAGGUAAAUACUCCGUUCGUCUGCCCAUAAAACGCAGCAUGGAUCUCCUAGGAGACUCCUAUUUACAAGCUCGUCAACGCUUUCAAGGUCUGGAACGAAAAUGUGCCCGUAACCCUGAUCUAAAGGCAGAAUACAGUAGGUUUAUUAAGGAAUAUCUGGACCUCAUCCACAUGUCGCUGGUUUCCAACGAGGUUGUACAACAAUGCAAGUACUUCCUGCCACAUCAUUGCGUUAUCAAGGAUGACAGUAGUACAACAAAAUUGAGGGUGGUUUUUGAUGGAUCUGCAAUCACUACCUCAGGUUUUUCGUUAAAUGACCUACUCAUGGCAGGCCCAACUAUUCAACCGAAGCUUUUUCAUAUUCUCAUUAGAUUUCGUACUUUUCCUAUAGCACUUACUGCAGACAUCUGUAAGAUGUAUAGGUGUGUUCGCGUCACUCCACCGGACAACAUGCUCCAAUGUAUUUUGUGGCGAGAAUCUCCACAAGAAGACUUUCGCAUCUAUAAGCUCGACACGGUGACGUAUGGAACUAAGCCUGCAGCGUUUCUAGCCAUCCGAGCCAUGCACCAACUCGCAGCAGACGAAUCCUCGACUUAUCCCAUUGGAGCAGAAGCGGUACUUCGGGACUUCUAUGUAGAUGACCUGAUAACUGGGGGCGAUUCAAUGGCAGAAGUACUCAACAUUAAACUGCAAACAACUAGCCUUCUUACCCGAGGAAGCUUCAAGUUACGCAAAUGGUGCUCUAAUAGCCCUGAGAUUCUUCGUGAUAUUCCUGACGUAGACAAGGAAAAGUUUCUUAAGUUUGACGAUGGCAGUGACAUCACCAAAGCACUGGGGCUUGUCUGGGACCCGCACAAGGACAAAUUGCUAUUUUCAUUUGUACCACAAAGAGAAUUCGGAAAAAACUCCAAACGCUCUGCUUUGUCUACACUAGCUCGAUGA